AAAAGAAAUUUGAAGGAAGAAGAAGGCGCAUAGAUAGAAGAAAAAAUAAGUAACAGAGGGAAGUAACUAUCUGCCAAAUAGAAGAAAAUAUGGCGAUGUCGAGCAGCAGCGUGUCACUGUUAAAGUCUUCUUUCAUGGGAGAUCGAUUCCUACGCUCUUCACGCCACCAAUCACUUCCUCAACUAUUCACUUACAAACAACGAAUCAAUCAUGUUUCGAUGCAGUUACCUCGCUCUUUUUCCGGCUUAACCAAUCUCUUAUUCAACAGAAGGAAUAUUGACGAAGACACCAAGCGUAAACGAUUGAAACCUGGAAUCGUUUCUCCGCUUCGGAAAGUGCCUAAGGAUAUAACAAAGCCUCCUUACGUAAAAUCUAGGGUUCCGCCAGGGAUUGCGAGUGGACCUGAAGUGCAUGAUGAGAAGGGGAUUGAAUGUAUGCGAGCUUCUGGAAGGCUUGCAGCACAGGUUCUUCAAUACGCUGGCUCUUUAGUCAAGCCAGGUAUAACAACAGAUGAAAUUGACGAAGCAGUUCAUCAAAUGAUAGUUGAUAAUGGUGCAUAUCCAUCUCCUCUUGGCUACGGUGGCUUUCCGAAGAGUGUCUGCACGUCUGUGAAUGAAUGCAUUUGCCAUGGAAUACCAGAUUCCCGUUCACUUGAGGAUGGUGAUAUAAUCAACAUAGAUGUUACUGUUUAUCUAAAUGGCUAUCAUGGUGAUACAUCAACAACUUUCUUUUGCGGGGAUGUUGAUGAUGAAGCCAAAAAACUAGUUCAGGUCACUAAAGAGAGCCUAGAUAAAGCGAUAUCAAUAUGUGGACCAGGAGUGGAAUUUAAGAAAAUUGGCAAAACAAUUCAUGAUCAUGCAGAUAAAUAUGGAUAUGGUGUUGUAGAACAGUUUGUAGGCCAUGGAGUUGGACGUGUUUUUCAUGCUGAUCCAGUUAUUCUUCACUUCAGAAACAAUGAAGAUGGACGUAUGAUGUUAAACCAAACCUUCACGAUUGAGCCAAUGCUGACUAUGGGCAGCAUCAAUCCAGUGAUGUGGAAAGACAAUUGGACAGUUGUAACCGAAGAUGGAAGUUUAUCAGCUCAGUUUGAACACACCAUUUUGAUUACACCUGGUGGGGCUGAGAUUAUGACUCAAUGCUGACAGGUGCUAACAAUCAAUGUCUUUGCAUAUUAUUGAGAUGCUAUUGAUUUAAUUGCUUCCAGAUUCAGAUCAAAGUUCUUGCUGGAAAUUAUCCAAGGUAUAAGAAGCAUGUGCCAAAUGAGCAACAGUGUUGUAUUGUUUCUGUAUUAUAUUUAUGAGCAUUGCUAUUUGUUAUGAAGGAUUUGUACAAGAAUGAUAAUAAUGCAUACAAAUAGGGGAUUCGACCAACAAAGUUUUGGCUUAGGAGAAGUGGUGGUUAUUAUUUGGAAGAGUUACAUGCUGCCAUUUAGGAUUUGCGUGUUUCUUGUCAACCUUCUCUCAUAACAGUAACAAUAAGUACUUUCAAUCAAAUAGUAAAUUUUGUGAUAAA